UCUCUCCCUCUAAAUCUCUUUUCUCUCUACAUUCACAUAAACAACAGAAGAAGAAGAAGAAGAACUAUCUCUCGAACCUUAAUUAACUCAGCGAACACACUCAUACGUCAGGAGGAAAUGGUGCAAUUAAUGAAGCUACUCGUGACAAUUGCAUUAACAAUGGCAAUCACAAUCGCUAUCAUCACCACCACGACCACCAGAACCAAUACCACGACAACCGCAACAUUUGCUCUCGAUGAUCCUUUUGAGGACCAUACACCACCAGGAACGGUUAAGACCAGACCGAGUCGGUUCUUGUCAGAAAAGGUCGACAACGGUCAAGGACCUAAAGCCCGUAACCCAAAUGCAGCCGACCAUUGCAACAAGGAGCCAGAGAUCUGCAGCAGCAGCUAUUACAACACGGGAGCAAACUCUACAAUGGUUUGUUGCAACAACAAGUGUAUGGAUUUAUCAACCGACGACAAAAACUGCGGUGCGUGUAAGAACAAAUGCAAGUUCGGGCAAACAUGUUGUCGCGGUCAGUGCGUUUACGUGGCUUACGAUAAACGCCACUGCGGUGAGUGUAACCAUCGUUGCGAACUAGGCGAGUUCUGCGUCUACGGUCUUUGUAACUACGCGUGAUGAUUCAAUCAUUCAUUCACGUCACGCUCACGUAAAAAAAAACUGAUUGAAGUAUACAAUUAUACGGAUAUAAUUUAUUUACAUGGACGCUGAUUAAAAAAAGGUCGGUCCAGUUAAUUAUUUACUUAAUAAUUAAUAAAGUGUUUGUGUGUAUUUUUGGAUUCCCAUAAUGUUUUGAGGGUAUAUAAAAAGAUUAAUUUUCUACUUUAAUGUCUACGAAUAAAAUGGAACAUCCUCGUUUCCAGUCCUGCUGCUGUUUUUAUCAAGUUUUAUAUAAGAGUGUGUAUUAAGAAGAAUAAAAAGAAAAAAGAAAGUCUCCUAUUCUAAAGGCGAUAAAAAAGACGAUAUCGUUUCCACCGCUGCUUGGCCUUCGGUUCCGGCGGCGGCUGGACUUUCUCUCCUCUCUGCUUGUCUUCUCUUUGCUUCUCUCUCUUAGUCUUUCUCUCUGCUGUCGAUAUGUCUGUGAUUCUGGUGGGAUCUCAUUCGCCGGAACCCUAGAUCUACCUCGAGGAGAAAUAGAUCCGGUAGUAAGUGGUGUUUUCUCUGGAGUCUCAACGAGAUAGCAAGGUUUUACUGAGGAAAGGAGUCGGCUUUUAGGGUUUGGCUAUGGCGGAUCUCGUUUUUCCUUUUGUAGAUCUGUCUGUCGCCGAGGCGGUGAAGGCGUGUGGUGGUUGGCUCGUGCUCUCUCCUCUGGUUCUUCAUCUGGUGUGUCUUAUUGGCGAAGUCUCUUCGUUGUGGAGUGGAGUAUGUUAACCUUUUCGGAGUCAUGGCUUGGUGUCUUGUCUCGGGUCCGAGUUGUGUUACUGCUCAGGGGAGAUGACGGUAGAGUACCGUCAGCACGUACACUUGGAUACUUGCUGGUCGUGUGGCCAAGGUCUCUCUGUGGUUUCUGCGUGUGCGUUCUCUGGAGGUUCCAGCUUUUUCUGUCGUCUAUGGCAGAGUGGGUUGUGCCUUCCACGACGCUCUUCACUUGCUAGUCCGCCUCACUUACUAACCCGGGUUGUUGCUCAGUCCAUUUCGGAAAUGGUCUUGAGCUGUUUGGUACCGCUUCAUUGUCUGUUACUUAGCUUCACCAGCAAGGAGUAGCUAUGAAGCGCAAGAAGACCGUGCUAGGUUCUCUAGUUCUCGGGUCAAGGCGUCGGUUGGGGCCAUUGUUUGAGUCGUUCGGUCUUGCUCGACGGGGUGACUUGAUUAGAGUUUAAGCCAUCCCAGUGCUGGGAUUGCCUUUUGGUGAUCUUGGUAGGCUUUUCUCUAUCUUAUUGCAGGUACUAAAGACCCGGUGUGUGGUUUGUCUUCAUUGCAGCUCGUCUUGUUCGGAGGUUCUGAGUUGCUUGAUCUAUUCGUGGUAUUUGGCGCUCUAUUUCCUCCUCAGUCCACGGUUCGGUAAGGUUUCAGUGGCGUUCUUCAAGGUUUGCUAUCUCUUACCUCUUAACCGUUCGAGUCUAGUGCUUCAUGGCCAGUCAAGAUACAUGUUAUGGGGAGAUUAUCAAAAUCUAGCAACUCCAGCGAUGUCACAAGGAGUCCGGCAUCCGAGGCAACGAGGUAAACCCCACCUCUUUGUGGUCAACAUCAACGGUAGAGAACGGGGAUUGAUUUUCUGAGGAUUCCAGAGCAGAUUAGCGGAUGGCGUCGGUUAAGUGGGCGAGCGAAGCUAUUCUUGUAAUGGUUGAUUUAGAGAAAUUUUGGUUGAACCAAACUUGUAUCAAACACUGAAUUCCGGUUUAACCGGUUGAUGAAUAAUAGUAUAUAUUUCAAAAAAAAAAAAAAAAAA